AUGACCGCCCGGCGCCUCAGCCGCUCGGCCCCAGCCCCGAGCUGCCCUCCGAGCCCCGACCCUCGCUCGGCGCCCGCGCCUCAGGCGGCCGGCGCAUCUCCCACCCGCGCGCAGCCAACCGAAACGGCCGCGGGACUGUCGCUUCCGGCAGAGAGCCCCGCCCCCGCCCCGCUUCCGGGGGGAGGUGCCGCGCCGCGCCCUCAGUGGCCCGGCGGGGAUUGCCUUCCUCUGGAUUGGCUGUGUCGUCGCCGCUCCUUCCUCCGGCGGGGGCGGGACUUCCGGCUCCCGCGGGAGGCGUGGCCCACGGGCCCGGGGGGUCCGCGGGUCUGGUCGCGGAGCGGGACGACGGUCCUCUUCGCGCUAGUGUCCUUCCCGCGCCGCAGCUCCGUCCCGCGGAGACGGAGCCAGAGACGGAGCGAGCUUCCAGCCUCGUCCCCCGGCCCGGGGGCCCGGGGGCCCGAGAGUGAGAGCGCUUGCCGGGCGUCCCACCGCCUCUCGCCGGUCGCCGGGGCUCGUGGGCCGGGCCGAGCGUGCAGCUUGCGCGCGUGCUCGGGCCGCAGCCCUGAUUUGAAACUGCACGUCCGUGUCCAGACUCGAGAGAUGAUCUCGUCUUUCCUGUACCUCGUCUCACGCAGCCGCCGGCGUACAGGAGGCCUUCGGUGCCAGUUGAAUGGGUCCGAGUCCCUCCAGAGUGGCAUCCUGGGAGUGCUCCCGCCUCCCAGUCCUUCCGUUCUCCCGUAUCCCUCCCCCACCUCCAGGUCCGAUCCUCCCGCACCCGCGCGUACCCUUGCUGCCCUGAAUUUCUCACCAAGGACUCCUGCCCGUUAGGUCUUUGCCUUCUGCGGGCACGGGCUGCUCUGAGUCUGCAGAACUGUGAAUGCCGGAAUCCUUCCUUGUAAGUGAUAUUCAUAACCUUUUCAAUGAGAUUGUAGGGUUUUUGAGGUCAGGGAUUAUAUCUUAUCCUUAGUUUUUUUUCAGUUACUCAUAAUUUAUUGCAGUCAUAGGCACAUUAUAAAUGUUCAGCAAGUACUGCCUGACUUCAUUUCACAGAUUGAUCUGGCUUCCUAGGGGAAGCUUCCUUGAC